GACGGCACUUCCUGAUUUCUCAUGUGAUUUGUUUGUCACGACAUAACUGGGACGGUUUAAAAUUCUGUCGUCGUUUUUUGAAAGCCAUGUCCAGUCGGUACCAGAUUGUAGUGCAAGGUGAAGCAUCUGAGACAGACUCCGACGAUGAAGUCUACAUCACUUCUCUGCCUCCUCCUCAGAGUGCCACGGGUGGAGCCAAGGUUCCCGGUGAAGCCUCUGAAACAGACAGUGAGGAGGACGUAGAGCCGUCAAACCGAGCCACAGUCGUGAGUCAGGACAGCCCCCAGAUUCUCAGGCGAGACCUGCCUCCUUUGAUUGUGGUCAGAGAUCAUCCUGAUAUACAGUCCGUCGUUGAGGACAGACCAAGUCCGACUCACAGGGCACAUGGUGAAACGCUUUUACAACAUAAGCUACAGGAGUCCAACAGUCGGCUCUAUAACGACGUCUCACAGACACUACGGCAGGUUUACAGCGGGGCCACCAAGGAGGUGCGCAGUGCCACCGCUCAGCUGAACACGUCGCAGAGCGCCAUCAUCAAUGCCUCUCACAGCAUCAGAUUGAUUCUGGAUGACCUGAAGGCUGUUUCUGAGAAGAUUGAUAUUAUCACGAGCUGUCAAAUACUGCCGGACAUUAACUUCAGUCAUUCCAACACUGACACAGUUGCGGCUCCUUAAAGGAAACAGGAGCAGUGUAAGCCUCCAUUAUGGCUUCAAACAUAAUAAAUGGACACUACUGAUGUGGAAAAAAGAAAAAAA